UCCCCGGCGGGUGGGUCAGGCCGCGAACUUCUAUGUCGGCCUCAUCGGCAUGAUCUUGGCGACAUUAUUCCUGGUAAUCAGAAUCUACACCAAAGUCGUUCUAGCGAGACAAUUUUCUGCAGAUGAUGGCGCUCUCCUUCUAGCAUGGGCAUUCUCUGUCACUAUACAGACCAUUAUACUCUAUCAAUAUGGUCGAGGAACGCUCGGUAUCCACAUAUGGGAGAUCCCAGCCCACAGCAUCAAUUCAACGUUCAAUCUUGUCAGCGUUUGUAGUAUUCUGUAUUGCCCCUUCCUUGCCGCCGCCAAGUUCUCGCUCCUCUUCUUCUACCUCAGGCUCUCGCACUUACGAUGGUUCCGGAUUGCCGUCUACACCAGCAUGUUUCUCGUGGUCGGCUACAAUAUCGCUCUGGUAUUCCCUCUGAUCUUCACCUGUACGCCAGUGAUGAAGAACUUUGACAUCUUCAUCACAGAUGGAUCUUGCCUGAACAGGACCCCACUUUACAUGGCAACAGCCGUCCUCAACAUGGCUACCGACAUCAUGCUGCUGCUCCUUCCGAUUCCGAUGAUCAUUAAGCUGCAAAUGUCCAGAGUGCAGAAAGCAGGGCUGAUCUGCAUAUUUGGCGUCGGUUCCGCAACAUGCGUCACCAGUGGUGUGCGUCUCUUCCUCCUCUUCCCCAUGCUCAAGACCAUUGACCUAACAUGGGCAAUCGUCACACCCGGUAUCUGGAUCCUUAUCGAAGCUAACUUGGUCAUCAUCACCGGCACCCUCCCCACCAUGCGGCUUUUCUUUCGCCACGUUGCGCCCCGCUUCAUCGGCGAAUCCAGCAUGCGAGGUCGUAGCGCUAAGUCCGGUGCCAGCGGCUACGGCACUGGUUAUGGAGAUGGACAUGCAGGCGGCUCGAAACACGUCGAAAGCGAGCUCAAGACUAUCAGCUCCAAGCCGACCCGCAGCAGAUACAACCGCAUGGGCGACGACGAAGUGAGCGUCGGUAGCGACGAGAUUGCGUGUUGGCGCGCAGACGCAGGGAGUGACAAAGGCAUCAUUUCAACACCGGUACCAGCAGAGCUGAAUAGAAAGCCGAGCAAGAGUGGGAUCAUAAAGACGCAGACUACGACUAUCACCUCUGAGCUGGUCCCACAAGCAGAUGAGCGGCGGUCGAGUUGGGCACCUGGGUUUUGAUUGCGGCUGUUGCGGUAGAGGUGCGCGUAGUCAGUAGGCCCGAUGAGCCGCGUACCUUACCUUGCACGUGUAUCGAUCGGUACACCUGCAGGGCGAUGAAGAAAAUCCAUCAGC